AUGGCAGCAAGGGAAUCAGGACGUAUCAAGGACGCGGAUAAAAAACGUGUCCUUGAUGAAGCCGCUCGUAGACGUCGUCAACGUAAAGCUCUUGAGGCUUUAGAACAAGAUAAUUUUCAUGAUGAUCCACAUGCUGACUUGGUUAUGAGUAAAAAGGCACCCAAAUUUCAAGAUAAUACAGAAUCACGAAUUCGGCGAAAGAAAUUAAAAAGUGCUGAAUAUUAUAAAAUGCGAUAUCGUAAAUCAUUUGCUCAGUUAUUAGAAGAAGAAAAGAAUAUUAAUCCGGAUCCGCCGAAUUAUUCGACAGCUCAAGUUGGACCAUCAAAAUUACCACCAAGGAAAUUUUGUGCAGUUUGUGGAUAUUUUAGUACAUAUACUUGUAUUCCCUGUGGUGCUCGAUACUGUAGUAUUAGAUGUCUUGGGACUCAUUUAGAUACUCGGUGUUUAAAAUGGACUGCAUAAGUGUUAAUUAUGUGUUAAGUAAUUUGUAUUUUUUUUAUAUUGUAAGCAAUAAUAUUAAAUUAAUUGA